AUGCCACCACCCAGGGUUGACACUGAGGCCGUCGAUCCUGCGGCUGAGAAGGAGCGCAACGACAUACAGACCCUGGGCGGCCGUCCAUCAUCCUCCAACUCCUCUGUGACAGCUACAGACAGAUAUGAAGAGAUCCAUCCGCAGCACAAAGAAGGUGGUGACCCAGAUCGUCGUGGAAGCAGUGGUAGCCGCCGUGGUAGUUUCCGCGUGCGCCAGCCGUCCGUUUCUGCUCAACUUCGCAACCCUCUGGCAGGCAAAACUGAGGCUGAUGUCCUACGUGAUGUCGACCUGUUCGUGGACGAGAAAGGCCUAGAUGAGUUUCGCGACGAGUUCCAGAAAGGUGCGCUUCUGGCGCGGGUAAUCAACCGAGAAGGCGGAUACGAGCAUGUCACGCAGAUUUCGCUGGAGGAGAGGGAUGUUCUAAGAUAUGAGCAGAGUCAUCGAUGGAAACAGCCUUUUAUGCUUUACUUCCUUGUUGUUCUCUGCGCUGGCUCUGCGAUUGUGCAGGGUAUGGAUCAGACCGCUGUCAAUGGUGCCCAAGUCUUCUACUUCGAGGAAUUUGGCAUUACAAAUGAAUGGCAACAAGGUCUUCUCAAUGGCGCUCCAUACUUGUUCUCAGCUGCUAUAGGCUGUUGGACCAAUGCUCCCCUUAACAAAUUGUUCGGGCGCAGAGGAACAAUCUUUAUCUCUUGUCUGAUAUCCUUCGCUUCAUCAUUCUGGAUGGCUGCUGCUAACAGUUGGAUUAAUCUAUUGAUUGCCCGCUUCAUCCUUGGCUUCGCUGUGGGUGCGAAGAGUAGUACAACACCGGUGUACGCCGCGGAAUGCGCACCAAAGACCAUCAGAGGUGCCUUGACAAUGAUGUGGCAGAUGUGGACCGCCUUUGGAAUCAUGCUCGGCUUCGUCGCAUCUGUAGCGUUCCAAAACGUCGACUUCUUGGGCGAAUAUUCUCAGUGGCGCUGGAUGCUUGCUUCAACAGCAAUUCCUCCAUUCUUUGUGUGCAUUCAGGUGUACUUCUGUCCGGAAUCCCCUCGAUGGUACAUGGAGAAAGGCAAAUUCGACAAGGCCUUCAAGGCAUUUGCUAGAUUACGGACAACCAAAGUCCAGGCUGCUCGUGAUAUGUACUACGCAUACAAGAUGCUGGAAAUUGAAUCUGCCCAACGAGAAGGCAAAAACCUGUGGAAGGAAUUCUUCUUUGUUAAGCGUAAUCGACGCGCAGCGCAAUCCUCGUUCUUUGUCAUGUUCAUGCAACAGUUUUGCGGAGUAAACGUUAUUGCCUACUACUCCACCCAAAUUUUCAUGGAUUCGGGCUUCUCGCGAUCAAACGCGCUGCUGGUGUCUUUUGGCACUGGUGUGACCAACUGGCUGUUUGCCAUUCCAGCAAUAUACACCAUCGACACUUUCGGGCGUCGAAAUCUCCUCUUAACGACGUUUCCUUUGAUGGGUAUGUGCUUGCUCUGGACCGGAUUCUCCUUCUGGGCACCUGACGGAGACCUUCGCUUGGGACUGGUCGCGUCGGGUAUUUAUAUGUUCAUGGUCAUCUACAGUCCAGGCGAGGGACCUGUCCCUUUCACCUAUUCGGCAGAGGCAUUCCCACUCUACAUCCGCGACGUUGGAAUGAGCUUUGCCACGGCGACUUGCUGGGGAUUCAACUUCAUCCUCAGCUUGACAUGGCCUGCGCUGGUCAGAGCCUUCCGACCUCAAGGUGCCUUCGCCUUUUAUGCAUGCUGGAACUUCUUCGCCUUUUUCUUCGCGUAUCUCUUCCUUCCGGAAACCAAGAAUCUUACCCUCGAGGAGCUUGACGAUGUCUUCAGCGUGGGCGCAAGAGAACAUGCUAAAUACUACAUGGAGAAAGCCCCAUGGUACCUGAACAAGCACAUUCUGAGAAGAGAUGUCGAACCUGUUGCACCACUUUACCAGUUCAAUGGUUAA